GAGGCUCGGAGGGGCGGCGGCAUGGGCACCAAGCAGACCAAGGGAUGCGCGGCGCCCGGCUCCGGGAACAGCCCGGGCAACUGCGCCCGCCGGAAGGCGCCCUCCCGGGAGCGCGGGGACCUGCUGGCGUCCCUCGUGGCCAGGUCGAGCGAAAAGUUUGGCAAGGGGGGCGGCCUCCCGCCCUACCACCGCCGCAUCAGCAUGAUCCAGGACAUGCUCCGGCUGGUCAAGCAAGGCAGGCAGGAGGAGGCCACCGACCUGCUCAAGCACCUGCGCCAGGAUUUGGGAAUGGAGUCUACUUCGCUGGAUGAUGUCCUAUACCGCUAUGCCAGCUUCAGGAACCUGGUAGAUCUCACACACGACCUGAUUAUCAGUCUCGCCAGAUACAUUCAUUGCCCCAAACCAGAGGGGGAUUCACUUGGGGCCAUGGAGAAGCUCUGCCGGCAGCUGACCUACCACCUGAGCCCUCACUCACAGUGGCGGCGCCAGGGCAUCGUGAAGAGGAAACCGCAGGCCUGUUUGAAAGCGAUCCUGGUGGGGAAUCCGCGAGACAACACUGUGGACUUGUCCGGCAUCCCUCUGACGAUGAAGGAACUGGACCGGAUCGUCUCCUACUUGCAGAAUAGCGCGGAGCACGUAGAGAACGUGGAGCUCUGCUUCACUGAGCUGACAGAUGAGAUGUUCCUCCAGCUCUUGCCGGUGCUCAGCAGCCUGCCACACCUCAUGACUCUCUCCCUCAAUGGCAACCGGCUCACCAAGGCCAUCCUGCGGGACCUGACGGAAGCCCUGAAGGACCCCAAGAACUUCCCGAGCAUGACUUGGAUUGACCUGGGAAAUAACGUGGACAUUUUCUCCCUGCCGCAGCCUUUCCUGGUCAGCCUUAAGAAACGGUGCCCCAAGCAAGGCAACCUGCCGACGAUUCUCGAGUUCGGUGAGGGCCAAGUGAGUGACCUAGAAAGUCAAGAGACCCCAGUUGAGGGCCAAAAUUAUCUGUGCUCGGAGGAUGAGGACAGAAGCAAUCGCGCAGAUGAUGCAAUGCCCAGACAGGUACGGACAUGUGAGGUGAUUGAGGUUCGGUUGCUGCCGAGCGAAACCCCAGCUCCCGAGGAGGCUGUUCCUGUAACGGUUCAGACAUGAAGUGCCGUCGCCACUCGUUGGACCAAGAUGCUCCAAAUAGAUACCUCAACAGCAAAACAUUCUUAGCCGGACUUGUCCGAUGCUUGUGAGGCUACAGUUGUAAUAAGGAGCGCCGACCCCAGUUUAGUUUUAGAGGACCAAAAUGUAGGGACCAAAUUGCGUACCAAACCCUGCUUGUACACUUCGAAUUCCAAGUGGGGCAGGCUACGCUUUCAAUUGGUUAAGGCCCAAAGUCUUGUCACUGAGGCAAACACAAUCAGUGUCUAGAUGACCGUCGCCUCGCCGGUCCUAAAAAAGAGAGACAAAAAACACGGAGAGAAAUCCCCUGUGGUUUUCACCAGGAGAGUGAAUCUGUGGGAUUUAAAAAAAGGUUAACCUUUGGCAGGAGUGCACCUCUUUUGUUCAAAGGAUAGCUUUUGCACAAUCCCUGUUAGGCUCUGUGGGAAUGAAGGCCGACAACCUGAUAGCUUAUAGGUGGCAGUGCCAGAUGCUCGUUGCAGUUCUUCUCCGUGCAACGGUGGCGGUUCUUUUGUGCCAUCUUGUGAUCAACCCUGUCCAGCUGCUGCUUUCCAUUCCUUGGAUUUCCCACCACUGUGACAAGAGAGGAGAGGCUGCGGAGAGGAGUGUCCAUCCCAAACUCUGCUCUGGGGUCUCAAUUCUCACUAGCCUUAGAGGUACCUCCUUCCUUUCGAGUGCGGAAGGGAACUGCUGCCUUCCCAAGUCUCAUGAUGUUUCGAUCCCCUGUGGAAUAAACGUUGGAUUCUCUUGGAGGUCAUCCGCCUGUAUCGGUUCUCCGUGUGCAUUCAGUGUUGUAGUUUUUGUAACCAAAAGUGCUUUCCUUCUUCCCCCUGCCCUCCAGAAUCUUUGAAAAGAGCUGCUUUUUUUUCUAAAGGAAGCAAGACCACUGAUUUUUUUUUUCCAAAUAGGGGCAGGCCUCUGUCCCACCAAAGUGCCAGAUGUAAAUGGGAGCCUAGUGGGGCAAGAUUGUUCUUUCAAUAGCAAAAGGACCAAAGAGGUUUCCUGGCUCCUUCCGUUUCCAAAACUGACAUCCGUUUGCAAUGUGCUGGAGUGCUUGCUGCCUUGUCCAAGCCCCCCUUCCCUGUUUGAAGGCACAAACGCAACCCACGUCUUCAAUCUGCUGGUGUUGCUGUCUGCAGUGUCUGCACGUCCGUUUCCAAGGGCAGUUCCUGCCUUCGGUAGGAAUCGGCUGCUCCAAAUUCUGUCUUGAUUUGCAUGUAGCUGAAACUGUGUUUUUUUUUUUAAGUAUGCUUUAUCAAACAGGCAUAACAAUAAAACCUCUUAUUUGAAAUAAAAAAAAA